AUGCACACCCCGACGUGGCUGGCCCUGCCGGCCGACGACCUGGCGGCCAAGCUCCUGGAGCAUGUGACCCGGAAUGCGGCCGACUUUGCGCGGCUUCCGGCCGCGGAAUUCGUGGAUUCGGAGCUCCUCCGGCACAUUGCCGACGCGCCGGCGCACUUCACCCUGGCCCCCUUCGCCGCGGUGGUCGGCGGUGCCGCCUCGCAGGAAGCCAUCAAGAUCAUCUCCGGAGCCGAGGCCCCCUUCAACAACUUCGCCUACUUCGACUCCGGCGUCGGUGGGCUGGCUGGGCGAGGCCUCGGCGCGGCCGGGUCUCCCUCCUGGCAGGUGGGUGGCGCCGAGGUGGUCCUCGCGCAGCCCUGA